AUGUCUAGAUUACCAAAAAUACCAGUAUCAAACAGUUCUUCUAAUUUACCUGCACCAAGACGUCGUUCAUCUGUAGGUAAUCAAGGAAAACCAAACCUUUCUCUGCUUACUCCUGAACAAGAAGUUUUAUUAGCACAAGUAAUGGAAAAAUAUGGUUCUAGAAGUAACAAUAAUAAUGAAAAUCAUAAUGCUUCCUCUACAUCACCACCACUAACAACUACAACUAGUAGUUCGAUUUCACCGCCUCCUGUUUCUUCCAAUCAACAACAACAAAACACUACUACAUUAAGAAAACCUGGUGCUAGAAGACAAAGUGUCUCUAGAAAUACUCGUCCAACUCUUCCGCCGCUUGCUGAAUUACCAACAUCAAAUAAUACUGCAACAUCGAUAGCUCCACCAAAGCAAUCGUCAUCAAAAAUAUUAUCACCACCAUCAACAAAUAACAACUCAUCAUCAUUAGCAACUCCAAAUCAACCUCGUCGUUCACCUUCAAAUCAAAAUUUACAAUCAGGGGGCGGUUUAAAACCUUCUCCCGCUCAACAACGUUUACGAGUUGCCUCCACUCCUCAACGUCCUGAAUCUCCAUCGCUUUCUUUAUAUUCGGUAGGCGAACGUGUUAGCGUUGAAUCAAUGAAUAUAAUCGGUACUCUAAAAUACUUGGGUCCACUUGAUAUUAAGCCAGGAACUUGGGCUGGUAUAGAAUUAGAUCUUCCAGGUACUGGUAAAAAUGACGGAAAUGUCAAUGGAAAAUCAUAUUUUACUUGUAAACCAAAAUCUGGAAUUUUUGUACUCGCGUCAAAACUUUCAAAAGAAACAAGUUCAGAUCAAGAUUCGUCUGAUCAAUCACCACCACCACCACAACGGCAAAAACAAAGAUUACCAUCAUCGGCUAAAUCUUUGCAACGUCCAUCUCAAAUAGGUUCGAAUAACACAGCCACUCCUGAUAAUAUACAGUCAUCAUCUAACAUGACUAAAAAUGCUCAAAAUGCUGCAAUUGCUGCUUCUCGUAUAACUGCUGGUUCUCGCGCUUCAAAAUAUAUAGAAAUCACACAAUCAUCAACAACUUCAAAUGAUUCACCAUAUUCUAAAUCAAAACAAAGCAUUUUAAAACAUCCAAUUCCUCAUCAUCUAGUGGUUCGGCUUCCAUCACCAAACCACGCUACCGAUUCUCAAACUACCUCCGAUACCGAAUCAUUAGGCCAUGCUACCAAUAAUGAAGAAAUGAGUAAUAAAAUACUUCAAGAAAAAAUUCAAAAGUUACUUAAUGAUCAAGACACUUCUGAAUCUGCUCAUCAUAUCAAUUCAAAUCAAACAGAUGUCUCAAUGACAGCAAAUAGAGAAAAUAAAGAAAAAUGGGAGGCGGAGAAAAAGGUAUUGUUGGACGAGAAAGAGAACCGAGAGAAAUCAUUAAAUCGUAAAAUUGAAGAUCUAAAUAAACAACUUCAGGAUUCGGCGAAAGGUCAUCAUUUCAGACCUAGUACUUCAUUAUCAAUGAUUGCAGAUGAUGAUGUGAUGAGUGACAAGAUAUUACAAUUAACCGAACUGGUUGAACAAAAGGAUGAACAGGUUAAAGAACUCGAGGAUGCUCUUGGUAAAGCUAAUAAACAAUCUGACGAACAUCAAUCAAAAAUACAGCAUUUGGAAAAAGUCAAUUCUGAACAAACCGACAAGAUCGAACAAUUACUUGUCCAGAUAUCACCUAAUGCUCAAUCAGAAUUAACCGACAAGAUUGAACAAUUGGAAAAAACCAUUCAAAGUAAAUCUGACGAAAUCGAGCAAUUGAAAUCUCAAUUGGAAUCACAAAAGACCGACUAUGAAUCCAAGAUUGAGUCUAUGCAAGGAUUAAUCAAUGAGUUGAAAACAGCAGGCCAAGAAACAAUUAAUAUCUACGAACAAAAAAUCACUGGUUUGGAACAUCAAGUUGAAGAUUUAAAAAAAGCUGGGAUUGAAACCAUAGCACUUUACGAAGAAACCACCACUAAAAUCAACGAAAAAGAAGCAAAAAUUAAUUCGUUAGAGAAAGAAGCCGAGGAGUUGAGAUCGGCUGGUGUGGAAGCCAUUGAUGUAUAUGAGAAAACAAUUGAAGAUACAAAAAAAGAGGUUGAGGAGUUUCGGAUCCAGUUAACAAAAAAAGAGGAAUCACUUUCUUUGGCCAAUAAAGAAAUAGAAAAGUAUAAAGUGAUGCAGAAAGAAUUGAAUGAUGCCAAGGUUAAGUUGGAGUUGAAUGAGAAAAGAGAAGAAGGGCUUCGUAACGAGUUGGUAGAUAUGCAAAGUGGAUUGGAACACAUGAUGAGAGCAGAUGCCAAGUCACGUGAACGUAUUUACCAAUUAGAUGAUGAUAUGCGCGAAUCACAAGCACUUGUUACCAGACAACAAGAAGAAAUUGCUGCACUUAAAAGUAAUGUGGAAAAUCUAAUGACAGCUAAUAAUAGUGAAGAAGUGGAAAAGAUUAAAUCAGUUUUUGAGAGCGAUGCUGAACGAUACCAAGAAGAAAUUGAGAAUCUACGAAAAUCUUUAUCAGAUCUACAAGCCGAGAAACGUGCUGUUAUUAACGAAGUCAAUAACUCUAAAGAUGAAAUGAAAUUGUUGGAAAGAAAGAUACAAGAUAAUGAACGUCAAAAGAAAGAUUUGGUUGCUGAAUUGGACACAUUGAAAUUGGGAUUACAACAAGGCGAGAACGAAAGAGAUCAACUUGCAAAAGAAAUUGAAGGAUUGAAAGCUAAUUUAACAGAAUCUGUAGAAAGCAAUACUAAACUACUUAGAGAUUCAGAGUCAGAAAAGUCAGCAUUGAUUGGUGAACGUGAUAAAGUUAAGACAGAAGUUGAAGAGUUGAAUCAACAAUUGGAAGAAGUGAUUAAAAAAGCUGAACUUGCAGACAAACUCAAAUCAGAUCUCGAGGUUAAAAUAAAAGAGUUAGAUCAACUUAAUGAAAGUUACGAGCAAUUCAAAAAAGAUCACAUCAAAGAACUCAAGGAGAUCGAAACUCAAACAAUUCAAGUCGAUGAUGCUGCAGCCGCUGCUGAAUCAACCGAAAAAUUGAAUGAGUCGACACCUAAAGAAGUCGAAAACAAGCUUGCAGCGAACGAAGAACAAAUAGCAGGACUUAAACAUAUUGUGCAAGAACUUACAAGAGAAAAUGUUAAGAUCGCAGGUGAAAACAAGAAAAUAUUGGCGGAACAAGAAAAGCUAAUGGAAGCACAUAAACAAGUUGAGAAUGAAUGUUUUAAAUUGAUGGAUGAAUUGGAACGAUUACACAGCGAAUCACUUGGCGGACAAGGUAUUUUAACUUUAACAUCGCAGGAGGAAUAUAAAACCGCUGGUGCAGAUUUAUUACGACUCCAAUCAUUGUUAUCAGAAAAACAAGUACAAUUGGAUCGAUUGACCUCAAUGCAUAAUGCAGAAAUACGAGAAUUGCGUCAGAAAGUAGCAGAAUUAGAGAAGGCUAAACAAAAAGAAGUCAGUUCAUUAAAUAAAGAUGUUGCUGAAUUGGAAUCUUUAGUCGAGAGUAAAAUUUUUCGUGAGGCAGAUUUAGAAGAGGAGAUUCAACGUGAAAAACGUACUAUGAAACUUUUAAAGGAUGAGGUUGAUGAUUUGAAAGAACAAUUGAAAGAAUUGAGAACUAAUGGUGGUGGAUUGGUAGACCUUAAUGAAUUAGUUUCUGAAAAUGGUGUAAUGAAUUCAUCACGAUUGUCAGUUAGUACAACAACAUCGUCAACGCCUGUAACAAAAGAAAAUGGAGGUUCAACAUUAUAUUGCGAAAUCUGUGAAGAAGAGGGGCACGAUAUUAUUAGUUGUAAAGCAGUAUUUGGAUCUCAAUCUGAACUCACUAUUGAUCCAGACGAGACGUUUAGGAUUGUACAGGAUAAAGCAGUACAAUAUGGGAUCCAUUGGACAGAAGAAUGUCCAAAUCAAGAUGAAACAUUUUAA